AUGUAUGAAAUAGUUAGAAAACUGUUUUUUACGGACUGCCAUUGCGCAUCGGACGCCUCCAAAACUUACGAGGAGUUGUUCGCCAAACUCGACACAAACAAGGAUGGAAAAGUGGAUGUGUCUGAACUGAAGGCAGGCCUGGCUGCAAUGGGCAUCCGGACCGGGAAAGGAGCAGCUCAGAAAAUAGUUUCCUCCGGAGACCAGGACCAAGAUGCAGGACUCGACUUUAACGAAUUCUCCAAGUACCUGAAGGAACACGAAAAGAAGUUACAACUCACAUUCAAGAGCUUAGACAAAAACAAUGAUGGCCAAAUAGAUUUCACGGAGAUCAAACAGUCUCUUGCAGAUCUUGGGCUGAACAUCAGCAAGGAGGAAGCAGAGAAGAUCCUUAAAAGUAUUGAUGGAGAUGGCACCAUGACAGUGGACUGGAAUGAAUGGAGGGAGCAUUUCCUGUUGACCACAGCUACAAACCUUGAGGAAAUUGUCCGAUAUUGGAAACACACAACGGUGCUGGACAUUGGGGAUAGCUUAACCAUCCCAGAUGAGUUUACUGAAGAGGAGAAGACCACGGGUUUAUGGUGGAAGCAGCUUUCUGCAGGGGCAAUGGCAGGAGCAGUGUCCCGAACCGGCACUGCCCCCCUGGACAGAAUGAAAGUGUUCAUGCAGGUUCACGCUUCCAAGAAUAACCAAAUCAACCUGGUCAGCGGGUUCAAGCAAAUGCUGAAAGAAGGAGGCUUGGCAUCUUUAUGGCGAGGAAAUGGUAUUAAUGUACUGAAGAUAGCCCCUGAAACUGCCAUUAAAUUCAUGGCCUAUGAGAAGUAUAAGAAGAUGAUGGCUAGCGAACCUGGGAAGAUCAAGACACAUGAGAGGUUCAUUGCUGGAUCGCUUGCUGGCGCAACAGCACAAACCGCCAUCUACCCCAUGGAGGUGAUGAAGACCAGGCUCACCCUGAGGAAGACAGGACAAUACUCAGGAAUGUUUGACUGUGCUAAGAAAAUCCUGAAAAAGGAAGGCGUUAAGGCAUUCUACAAGGGCUAUGUUCCUAAUAUUCUGGGCAUCAUUCCCUAUGCCGGAAUAGACCUGGCUGUUUAUGAAAGUUUAAAGAACUUGUGGUUGUCCCGCUAUGCCAAAGACACAGCCAACCCGGGUGUACUUGUGCUGCUGGGCUGUGGUACCAUCUCCAGUACUUGUGGCCAACUGGCCAGCUACCCCUUGGCUCUGGUCCGCACAAGGAUGCAGGCACAAGCUUCUGUUGACGGUGCUGAGCAGCUGCAGAUGAACCAGAUGGUGAAGAAGAUUCUAGAGAAAGAAGGAUUCUUUGGACUUUAUCGUGGCAUCUUGCCCAAUUUCAUGAAGGUGCUGCCAGCUGUCAGCAUCAGCUAUGUCGUGUAUGAAUACAUGCGGUCAGGUUUGGGUAUACAGAAAUAG